GCUCGGUCCUGGAAGCCGCGCACUUCCUCUCGGCGUCUGGGUCAUCUCGGCUGCCCAUCGCUGGCCCCGCUCGCUGUCUGGCCCCAGGCCUCGCUCGCUCGCUCGCUCGCUCGCUCUCAGCAGCUGUCUCCCGUGCCCACUGGCCCGUCUCUCCCGCAGUCGCCUCCUUCUCCGCCUGCCUGGGUGGCCGCCAUGGGCCGGAAGCGGCUCAUCACUGACUCCUACCCCGUAGUGAAGAGGCGGGAGGACCCCACUGGGCACAGCAAGGGGGAGCUGGUGCCAGAGCUAGGUCUCGGCGGGGGGUGCGCAGCCUCGGCCGCGGAGGGACAUGACAGGGCACGGGCGGACGUGGGCGCGCUAGGGGAGGUGAGGCCAGGCGGCUGCUUCCUGGCCAGGCUGGCCGAGGGCCCUGGCGUCGCCACGGUCAACUGUGAGGCAGGAGGGGCCCCGCCGGCCAGGCCUGAGGAGCAGCUUGUAUUUGCAGGGGAAGAGCCCCAGCCCCUGAGCGCGGAUGUGGACGAGGCAGCGCUGGAGCUGCUGAGGCAGUUCGACCUGGCCAGGCAGUACGGCCCCUGCACAGGAAUCACGCGGCUGCAGCGCUGGCAUCGGGCACAGAAGAUGGGCUUGGAGCCCCCACUGGAGGUGCGCCAGCUGCUGCAGGCCCACCUCGAAGACCCCCGCUACCAGCACAGCCUCUGGCACCUCUAUCCGCUUUGAGGCUCACCGAAGACCGCCGCCUCCGAGAGCCUCAGGUAGAAGCCAGAGCCCGGUGCUGCCCGGUGCUGCCCCUCGGCUCGGCUCUGUGUGCAGAACCUUCGGCCGGACCGUCCCCGGGAGGGGAGAGGCUGAACCUGGAGGCUGACAUCUGCCAGCCUUCCACUGAGCCCACAGGCUUCCGGCGCUCCUGCCGCUGGGGGUGGUCUCUGAGGCCAGGACGUGACCCCCAUGUCUGCACGUGGCCCCUGGCUCCGGGGAUGAUGUGGUGGGUUAGACAUGGCUGCUGGCAGUCGCACUGGACAGACCAACUAAGAGGCCAAGACGCAUGCCCCCCGCCCCCAAGCCUGGGAGUCUGAGGGGGCACAACUAGCUGAACUCAGGGCAAGGGGUUCACUGCCGCUUUUCAAUAAAGACACGGAGCCUGGAUGGUUGUUCCCCAGACCCUAACGUGACCCUGCUCUGGCCAAAAGCACCUGCCAGCUGACAACUGGGAGAGAGCCUUGCUGAGCCUCGUCUUGCCCCUUGGCGCAGGAGGUUGGCAGGCGACUGCCUGGCCUUCCGUGUCGCUGAAGGGAGGAAAGACCGCCAGCAGUCCUCACCGCAGCGGGGCCGCCUCUGGCGCCCCCUGGUGGUGCACAUGGAAGCUGCUCUUCAAGAGUCCCUGGGGGAGUGGGGGCGGACACCCACCCAGGCAGCUCCUGCCCGUGGUGCCCAGCUCACAAAAACGGGUCCUUUGCCAAAAGAGGGUCCGUGGGACCCAUGGUGUGUAAAGUCCAGACAGACCUACCCACUCCCAGAAAGCCCUCUGCUUCCCACGCUGGAGGCCAAACUGAGGGUCUCAACUACAGAAACUGCUCCAAGCUGGCCAUCCUCUGAGGGGCAUCGACACUCAGACAGCGUGUGGCUCCUUAUGUGGCGGCCGGCACAUUCAACGGGUGGGUGGAAGGAGGCGGCUCCAUGAGCUCCCUGGCUGAGCACCCACGGCCCUAUCAGACCCCACUUUAUUGAGCACAGACCAGGCCUCAAAUACUUCAGAGGUGCCCCCCAACUUCCUAAAGAGCCAUCAGGUGAGCUUUACUGAGAGGGCAGCCACUAUCUGGGACCUUGUGUCAGAGGGCCUAGCAGGUGGGUGUGGCCCAGAGACCAGGGCUGUGCUUUCUUCCCACCUGCGCCAGCCCUGCCCACGUGAGCACCUAUGGUGUGGGGUGACAUCCUCCUGGGGUGUCACUGGUGAGGAGGUGGACAAAAGUCAACAUGUAAAUGCUGCAUCGGGAUGGUCAGUGGUCAUGAAAUUGGGGUCAGAGGUCAGGGGUGCUGAGGCCCCGAAAGGUGAUCGGGGAGCCUCUCUGACCUGGCAGCACCCGACAGACCCCUGAAGCCUGGAUGGGGUUGGGACCUAUGCCUGCCCCUGUGCGGGCAGAGCGCAGCACACACCCACGGCAAGAGCAUGAGCAGGGGCCAGAGGGAGCGCUGUGGGCCUGAGGCAGAAGGCCCGCGGCCUGUGAGGUGGAAGCGGGUCUCACAGGGCCUGCAGGUCAGGACUUCAUACUCAGUCAGAUGAAGACACUGCUGAGUGUUAAGUUGAUAAAUAUAUAGUCUAAUCUGUUUUUAGAACAUUGUUCUGGGGCCUCCCUGGUGGCACAGGGGUGAGUCUCAGCACUAUGAAGCUAUCGGCAGAGACCGCAG